AUGUUCUACAUUAUCGGAGCAUUGUUAUUGCUCCAUGCCACAUAUUCCUCAUUUGAGUUGCACCAGGUACUCAAAAUAUCACAUUUAAAUUCUGCAUCGGUACCUUUGGACAUAAUUGUGGAAGUGGGAAUAGGGUUAGUUUUAAUAUUAGCAGGCGCCAUCAAGUCGAUAGAAAACCCAUCAGUUCUUGAUGUCCAGAAUAAGGUUCAAACACCUAAACAUAGAUUCCUAAAGGACAUUGAAAUGAGAAAAGCGACCGUAGAGCUUGAAGCCACAGGUUUUAGCGAAUAUCAGUAUUUGGAACUGAGAGUAGAUUUUAUCGACAUUGUGGAAAAACGCCGGCAGCAUGCCGCUUGGAUCGAAAAGUAA